UUUCCGGAGGUCGGUGUCAUGGCGAUGUCCAUGUGAGAGGUAGCGGGCGGGCGAGCGAGCGGCAAGGCGAAUCCUGUCGACAGCCUCUUGUUCAGUGAGGUUAUUUGUCUCUGCUCCAGCUCGCUCUCUCCUGGGGUGGUCUCUGUCCCCGCCCCGGGUCCCCCCCCCCCCUCCCCAUCAGCCUCUCUCACUGAGCUGCCUGUGUAAAGAGGGAAUUGUCUGGAUCUUACCUGUGUUGGCAGAUUUGUGAGGAAUGGCGGCUGUGGAUGAGGAUUUCCCUCGGGGAGGGCCGCAGAGAAAGCCCAGUGAGAGGACAGAGAAGCGGAGCGUGGAAGAGGACAACCUGUUUGGAGUGCAUCAUGAUGAUGAAAGUAAGAAGCGAAAAAGGAAGAAAGAAUUGAGCCCCAAAAAGACAAAAAAGCAGAGAAGCGACAAAACCAGAGGAUUGCAGACAAAGCAACUGAUUAAGGAUGAAACCCUUUAUUUCAAGAAACUGACAGUUGGGACCCUACUGCUUGGCUGUGUGAAGCAAGUGACUGAUUUUGAACUCGUCAUCGGGUUACCCCACGGGCUCACUGGUUACGUGAGCCUCACCAGCAUCUGUGAUGCAUAUACAAAUUCCCUCAGGGAGCAAGUGAAUGAGGAGCUGUCAGAGGAUCUAACGGUUCUUUCGGACCUGUACAGCCCUGGUAUGGUUGUACGGUGUGUUGUCUCUGAGCUAGGAAAGACAAAAAACAACCACCACAGCUUGAAUCUCUCCAUUAACCCGAAGGACGUAAACAAGACACUGUCUCCUGGGGCACUGCGAGCUGGCAUGCUGCUUUCUGGCUGUGUGUCCAAUAUUGAGGAUCAUGGGUAUCUGGUUGACAUUGGAGUCCAAGCCACCAAAGCUUUCCUGUCUCAUGAGAAAGCCCAGCAAUACAUAAAGAGGAAAAAUCGAGGACUUCCUCUCCGUGUCGGUCAGUACCUAAGCUUCCUCCUGGAGGCGGUGAAGAAUGAUGGACGAUUUGUCCAGCUCUCGAUGCAUCCAGCAGACGUGAUUGCAGCAACAGCAACUGAAGAUCAGAAAUGGAGCCUCUACAACUUGCUCCCUGGCCUCGUGAUGAGGGCUGAGGUUCAGAAGGUGACUUUACAUGGCCUGGUUCUGCAGUUCCUGUCCGGCUUGCCUGGUUCUGUCAACUUCAUGCACCUGGACCCACAGAAAGUUGGGACCUACCACAGGGGUCAAAAGCUGAAAGCCUGUGUUCUGUAUGUGCAGCCGGACACAAAGUCUGUGCACCUGACACUGCGGCCCCUCUUCCUGCAGCCUGGAGCUGCGUUGCAGCAACCAAAUACACACAGGAUUGGUGAAGUUCUGGAGGAGUGCACAGUGCUGCACUACCGCAAAGGAGUUGGUGUUAUCUUUCAGCUGGAGGAUGGGACCUUUGCCUUUUCACGUAAACUUCAUCUGUCUGACACAAAGCUGACCUUUGACCCCACUGCGUUUCAUGAAGGUACAAAGCACAGGUGCAGAGUCAUUGAUCACAGCCCCAUGGAACAGAUGGCUGUGGUGUCACUGAAAAAGAGCAUUCUUGAGGCCCCGUUUUUGAGCUAUCAGGACAUCAAGCCGGGACAGCUGAUUGAGGGUAAAGUCAGCUCCCUGGAUAAAUAUGGGAUGCACGUGAAGCUUACAGACCACAUUCGGGGGCUGGUGCCUCAGACACACCUGGCAGACAUUCCACUAAAGCAUCCAGAAAAACUGUACAGCGUGGGAGACCAAGUGAAGUGCAGGGUGUUGACAGUAAACAGGGAAACCAAGAAACUUAUCUUGACUCGAAAGAAGACGCUGGUUGGUUCAAAGCUUCCCAUUAUUACCCAAUACAAGGAGGCCAUUGCCAGGCGGCAGGCCCACGGUUACAUCGUCUCCGUAAAGCCUUUUGGCUGCAUUGUUCGUUUCUACAAUGAAGUGCGAGGUCUGGUCCCAGAACAUGAGCUGAGCGCCCAGCCAGUCCCCUUCCCUGAGAAGGUCUUCUAUGUUGGCCAGGUUGUCAAGGUUACUGUCCUAAAGUGUGACCCAAGCCAGGAGAAGCUGCUUUUGUCCCUGAAAACCACUGGGGAAGUGGGAACUGAAGCUGAUGGUACAACCAAGGAAUGUAAAGUGUCUACAAUGUACCCAAUUGGAAAGAUUGUGGAUGUAGAAGUGUUGGCGAAGGUGGAGAAUGGGCUGGAGGUCUCCGUUCUCCCGGAACGCGUACCUGCCUUUCUCCCAACAACGCACCUCUCGGACCACGUGUCGAAUUGCCGGCUUCUUGCUGAGAGGCUGCAGAAGGGUGAUGUCCUCUCCAGGGUCAUGUGUUUGAGUCAAACCCGUGGUCAGAUUAUUCUUUGUAGAAAAGCUGCGGUGAUGGCUUUCGCUGAACAGGGGCCACUGCCAAAGGACGUAUUCGAGCUCCAGGUCGGGAUGCAAAUGCCAGGGUUGGUGAAGAGCAUUAUGCUGUACGGAGUGUUUGUCGAAUUCCCGCACGGACUUGUUGGCCUGGCUCCCAAAGCUGCUAUGUCCGAUAAGUUUGUCACAAACACCAAGGAUCAUUUUGUGGUGGGCCAGACAGUGGUUGCCAAGGUUACGAACUUGGAUGAGGAGAAGAAGCGGCUGCUGCUGACGCUGAAAUUGUCUGAAUGUGGAUCUGGGGAGGCUGAUUCCGAAAGCCUCGUGCUGCUGAGCCAGUACUUGAGGGAACUAGAGUUCAUCAGGAGCUUGAUGAGCAGCAGGGACUCCCCAGUUGCUGCCAGUUUAAGCCGCCUGACCACAGGGCAGAGACUCCAGCUGGUUGUGGAUAGAGUGAAGGCUGAUGGAACAGUGUACUUCACUGGUACACAGGUUAACAGGCUGACUGUUUCAGCCAGUCACUAUCACCAGGGUGAGGCGAGUGUGACUCCUGGACAGCAAUGCACUGCAGUUGUGGUGUUUGUAGAUCUCCUUUCAUCCAUUGUUCAUGUCUCUCUCCGUCAAGAGCUGCUAAGUGCCAACAUAAAGAAGUUGAAAGGAAUUUCGCAGCAUCCUGUUGUGGUGCAGUUUGUGGCUCCCGAAGUUGCAGUGGUUUCGCUGCGCGGCACCUCGCAGCUGCUUCUCAUUCCAGUCACGUUCCAUCUAAACGACACCUUCUGCUUUGAAUCGGAGAAGCUGUCUGUGGGGCAGACCCUUUCUGUAUUGCUGCGAACCGAAGGCAUGGAGCAUCACGGUAUCCCACUGGCUGCAUGGGGUCCCAGAAAACACUGCAGAGCGAAGCGAGAACGCCAGCUGUCAGAAGGAGUGGAGGAAGUUUUACCUGGGGUUCGGCAUACGCUGUGUAUCGGGGAUAUAGUGAAUGGGACUGUGAAAUCGGUGCGGAUAACCUGCCUGCUGAUCGCAUUAGAAGAUGGUGUGACUGGGUUCGUUCAUGCUUCAGAGAUUCUCGACCAGGUCUCUGAGGGCACUGUCCCAACAUUGAGGCAGAAAGUCGGCAAUGUUGUGAGAGCAAAGAUCAUUGGAGGCAAAGAUGCAAAGUCUCACAAUUUUUUGCCAGUCACACACCCGAACUUCGCAAUGUCUAUACCGGAGUUAACACUGCGACCAAGCAAGCUGUCAGGAGAAUGUCCAGCAGUGGCCCAGGGCGAGCAGCUAGCCGACAGGCUCAAAUCAUUCAAAGUCGGCCAAGUGCUGACAUGCUACGUAUUCAAGUACAACAGUGCCAAGCAAUGUCUGGACGUAGAAGUGACUCCCGACAUUCGUGGAAAAAUCGAGCUGUUGCUGUUCUCUCUCAAUCUCAAGAGCUUGAAACGUCCUGAGAAAGAGUUUCGACGUGGUCAGGCCUUGACAGCGACGGUGAUUGGUGCAGACAGCACGGAGACCCGUCUCAGCCUCUCUCUCUCAGGUGUGUGCUCGCUGGAGGAAGGUUCGAUAACACUGGGCACCAUCAAAAAGGUCAUUCCACAUGUUGGGGUCACUAUUGGCCUCCCUUUUGGAAAGACAGGUCGAGUGGGGCUGUGUGAUGUGGCAGAUUCGUAUAGUGAGACACCGCUGGAGGGGAUGGCACUGGGCCGCACAGUCAGGUGCUGUGUUAUUUCCAAGAAUGCGAAUCAGUUGGCAGUUUCCUUCAGGAACUCAAGAGUGUCCCCUGAAAGUCCAUCUUCAAUACGUGAUCCAGAGAUUACAUCGGUCAGGGACCUUCGAAAGGGGCAGCUCCUGAGGGGUUAUAUAAAGACCAUCGGAGAGCCUGGAAUCUUUGUCAGCCUUUCUGCCUCGGUGUCGGGUCGUGUCCAGUAUCACCACGCCACAGAUUACUUCGUCAAGGAUCAUGAAAUCUUCCUGAGAAACAUUCCGAAAGGAAAGCUGGUGACAGUCAAAGUACUGAGUGUGAAUAACGAACAAAACCACGUGGAGCUCUCGCUGCUCCCUCAAGACACAAGAAAACCAGAUCUACUCCCAGAGUCACUUGGCUUGUUACCCAAGGAGCCCAAGGAGUUGAAUGAUGCAGAGAAGGAGGUCACAACAAUCGGGAAACGCAAGAGAGGAGAUUUGGAGAGUGAGCAGCUAUCCUCCAAAAGAAAGAAAAUAAAGAAGAAACAGAAGCAUUUAGAGGAGAGUGACAGUGGAGUGGAGGUAUACAGUCGUGAGGAGGAGAGUGAUACUGAUGUUGAGCAGCAGCAGCAAAAUCCCAUCAAAUCAGAGGUUCCCAGACUCCAGGUGUCCAGCAGCUUUGCUUGGGAUGCGAGUUUAAAUACCAUUGCUCCUGUGACAGGAAGACAAGAAGACCUGAGCUCAGAUAGUGAGGAAGAUGAAAGCAAAGACUACAAGCCCAAGAUGAAUCGGAGAGAGAAGGAAGCAGGAAAGCAGCAGAUGGAGAAGGAACUGGCGAAGGUUGAACAGCAGCUGAUGGACCCCAAUCGACAGCCGCAGUCAGCAGAUGACUUUGAUCGCCUGGUGCUGAGCUCCCCCAACAGCUCCAUUGUCUGGAUGCAGUACAUGGCAUUCCACCUGCACGCUACCGAGAUUGAGAAGGCACGGGCUGUGGCAGAGAGAGCUCUGAAAACCAUCUCGUUCAGGGAGGAGCAGGAGAAGCUGAAUAUCUGGGUUGCGUUACUGAACCUAGAGAAUCUCUACGGAACGGAAGAGUCGCUGAUGAAAGUGUUUGAACGAGCUGUUCAGUACAGUGAGCCUCUGAAAGUCUUCCAGAAACUGGCCAAUAUCUACACCAAAUCUGAGAAAUACAAGCAAGCAGACAGCCUGUACAACACCAUGCUGAAGCGGUUCCGUCAAGAGAGCACUGUCUGGCUCAGCUACGCCACCUUCCUCCUGAAGCAGGGGAGGGCCGACUGUACCAAUGCCUUACUGCAGAGGGCACUCAAGUGUCUGCCACAGAAAGAGCAUGUUGAUAUAAUUGCCAAAUUUGCACAGCUGGAGUUUCGACUAGGGGAUACUGAGCAGGCAAAGGCCAUGUUUGAGAACACACUGAGCAGUUACCCCAAACGCACAGACCUGUGGUCAGUCUACAUUGACAUGAUGAUAAAGUAUGGCAACCAGGAGGAAGUCAGACACCUCUUUGAAAGAGUCGUACACCUGAAGCUAGCCCCAAAGAAGAUGAAAUUCUUCUUCAAGCGGUACCUCGAGUAUGAGAAGAGACAUGGGAAUGAGGAGAGCGUACAGGCCGUGAAGGAGAAAGCACUGGAAUAUGUCGAGUCCAAGAGCUCACUGGUGGACAGCUAACCAGACCCAUGGCUGCACUUUGUAUGUCAGACUUCUCAAUGCUGCACUGAUGGUGAAGAUAUAUGUGUUUGAGGAGGAGCAGGGGCAAAACCUCUGGACAAUCCACUAAUAAUUUAAUGCCCAAAGCUUCUCCAAAUCUUCAUCAGCAGUUUGUCUUUCAAAUCAGUGUAAAACUGGUAAUUGGGAAUCUGAUACCUGUUACCAUCUCAGACUCUGGCACUUCCCUUUCCCUCUCCCUCCCCGUACUUGCUAGAAGAUAGCUGGUGUAGCGAGGCAAAGACCCAGAGUACUGUCUAUAGCUAAUGGUCAAGUGCCACCUUGACCUUGCAACAACAGCACCCGCACCUCGUUUAGACUGAUGCCUAAACAAGAACACUCCUGGUUGUCUCUGCCCAAUUGGCAAUGAGCAUUAUUCACUCAAAUAAAUGCUAGCAUGGUACCAAACUUUUAGUCCUGGUCUGGAAAUCAGUUCUCGUUUUGCUAAUGUUGUAAGUAGUGCUGAGGUGUUGCCGCAGUCAACACAUCUCCCCACUGCCUUUCUCCCCCUCUCGGCCCAUUAUUGAUAACAAGCUCUGUCUCUGGGUCUAUAACAUUGCAGCAUAAAAUCCAGGAUGCAGCACAUGACUGCAGAUCUAUGGGUGAACUGAGCAGAGUCUGCAAGUAUCUCAGCCUGUUCAGUCUCACCUUCACUAAAAUAGAUCCAUGAGAAGAAUGCAACUUUUGAAUUGAAAGGAGCUCAAGUUGAGAAGGUCCAAGGUACUUGUGGAGGGUUGGACCUAUUUGUGUUGGGAAUGGGACUCGAGCUGUGAUGUUUCCGAAGUGUAAUAAAAGCCUGUAUUUUCUGGUAA